CUGGAGAAGACCGACAACUACAUCAAAUACGACCUCCUGCAGCUGCUGGCCCUCUUCUUCCACAGAUCCCUGCUCAUGAAAUAUGGCCUCUGGGAUCACGAGGGCCCCCUGAAGGAGCAGAGUCAGCAAAACCCUGCAGAGGGAGUCGAAGACGGAGGGAGGAAGGCGCAAAAAGGAGAAGGAGAGAGCCCUGGGUCCACCCACAGAGAGCUGGACAUCUCUACCUCCAACCCACCCCAAAAGGACUCUGUGGACUCUGCUGACCCGGGUACCAGCUCAGCUCCUGCUAUUGCUAAACCACAGGGGGGGGACGGUGACACAGUGGAAAAGAUGGAACAGGAGGACUUGCAGGAGCCAGUGGAGGUCCCAAAAAGAGCCAGCAGCAUCCGAUUCCGCAAAAGAGCCACACAGUCCAAACAACAGCGCACAGUGGAGGCCCCCGCUGAGCCCACAGAGUCCAGGAAAGAGCCAGUGAAGAAGAAGCUGAAAGGCCGGAGGAGGGAGACGGCCAUGUUGAGGAUUCAGGCUGUAGGGGAGAGGAUAAAGCACGUUUUCUCAUCCGGAAUCCAGAGUGUGAGGAGGCCAGCUCAGGGCUUCUUCAAGAAAAUAACCAAGCACGAGGAUGAGAACCGGGCUGCCACAGACGUCUACGCUCUGAUGUUCCUGACGGACGUGGUGGACUUUGUCAUCAUCAUUUUCGGCUUCUGGGCGUUUGGGAAACACAGCGCGGCGGCGGACAUAGCCUCCAGCCUGUCGGAGGACCAGGUUCCCGAGGCCUUCCUGGUGAUGCUGCUCAUCCAGUUCAGCACCAUGAUAAUCGACAGGGCCCUGUAUCUGCGCAAGGCCGUGCUGGGAAAGCUCCUCUUCCAGGUGAUCCUUGUUUUGGGGAUCCACCUGUGGAUGUUCUUCAUCCUGCCCGCGGUCACUGAGAGGAUGUUCAAUCAGAACUUUGUGGCCCAGCUCUGGUACUUUGUGAAGUGCAUCUACUUUGGCCUGUCAGCCUAUCAGAUCCGCUGCGGUUACCCGACUCGCAUUCUGGGCAACUUCCUCACCAAGAAAUACAACCAUCUCAACCUGUUUCUCUUCCAAGGAUUCCGUCUGGUACCGUUCCUGGUGGAGCUGCGGGCUGUGAUGGACUGGGUGUGGACAGACACCACUCUGUCCCUGUCGGACUGGAUGUGUGUGGAGGACAUCUACGCCAACAUCUUCAUCAUUAAAUGCAGCCGGGAGACGGAGAAGAAAUACCCCCAACCCAAAGGACAGAAGAAGAAAAAGAUCGUGAAAUACGGCAUGGGCGGACUGAUCAUCUUCUUCUUGAUUUGCAUCAUCUGGUUUCCCCUGCUCUUCAUCUCAUUGGUCAGAUCAGUGGUGGGCGUGGUUAACCACCCCAUCGACGUCACCGUCACGGUCAAACUGGGAGGAUACGAGCCUCUGUUCACCAUGAGUGUGCAGCAGCAGUCCAUCCAGCCCUUCACUGAGGCGGCGUAUGAGCAACUGACCAAAGACUUUGGAAACAACGCUGUUGCCAUGCAGUUCAUCACCCUCUACAGCUACGACGACAUCGUGACGGCCAUGAUUGAGGGCAGCUCAGGGUCCGUGUGGAGGAUCAGUCCUCCCAGCAGACAGGAGCUCAUCAAGGAGCUACUUGAAAGUCCGGUGGACCUCACGCUACGCCUGGCCUGGACUUUCCAGAGGUAG